AGCUUCCUUCUUCUUCUUCUUCUUCUUCUUCUUCUUCUUCGCUGCGAUUGCUCACUAGCUUCAGAGUUCAGAUUCAUUGAAGCAGUUGUGAGUUAAGGUGGAGAAAUGGUUGUGUUUGGGAAUGUUUCUGCGGCGAAUUUGCCUUAUCAAAAUGGGUUUUUGGAGGCACUUUCAUCUGGUGGUUGUGAAUUAAUGGGACAUAGCUUUAGGGUUCCGACUUUUCAAACACUUAAGACAAGAACAAGGAGGAGGAGUGCUGGUGGUCCUUUGCAGGUGGUUUGUGUGGAUAUUCCAAGGCCAGAGCUAGAGAAUACUGUCAAUUUCUUGGAAGCUGCUAGUUUAUCUGCAUCUUUCCGUAGUGCUCCUCGUCCUGCAAAGCCUUUAAAAGUUGUAAUUGCUGGUGCUGGGUUGGCUGGAUUGUCAACUGCAAAGUACUUGGCUGAUGCAGGCCAUAAACCUUUGUUGCUUGAAGCAAGAGAUGUUCUUGGUGGAAAGAUAGCUGCAUGGAAGGAUGAAGAUGGGGACUGGUAUGAAACUGGUUUACAUAUAUUCUUCGGUGCUUAUCCAAAUGUGCAGAACUUAUUUGGAGAACUUGGGAUCAAUGAUCGGUUGCAGUGGAAGGAACAUUCCAUGAUUUUCGCUAUGCCAAGUAAACCUGGAGAGUUUAGUAGAUUUGACUUCCCAGAUGUCCUACCAGCACCCUUAAACGGUAUUUGGGCUAUUUUGCGGAACAACGAGAUGCUGACAUGGCCAGAGAAAAUAAAGUUUGCUAUUGGACUUUUGCCAGCCAUGGUCGGCGGCCAGGCUUAUGUUGAGGCCCAAGAUGGUUUAUCAGUCAAAGAAUGGAUGGAAAAGCAGGCAAUACCUGAGCGUGUGACCGACGAGGUGUUUAUUGCCAUGUCAAAGGCGCUAAACUUUAUCAACCCUGAUGAACUGUCAAUGCAAUGCAUUUUGAUAGCUUUGAACCGGUUUCUUCAGGAAAAACAUGGUUCCAAGAUGGCAUUCUUGGAUGGUAAUCCUCCGGAAAGACUUUGUAUGCCAAUAGUGGAUCAUAUUCGGUCACUAGGUGGGGAAGUGCAACUUAAUUCUAGGAUAAAGAAAAUUGAGCUCAAUAACGAUGGUACGGUUAAGAGUUUCUUACUCACUAAUGGAAGCACUGUCGAAGGAGACGCUUAUGUGUUUGCCGCUCCAGUCGAUAUCCUGAAGCUCCUUUUACCAGAUCCCUGGAAAGAAAUACCGUACUUCAAGAAAUUGGAUAAAUUAGUUGGAGUGCCAGUUAUUAAUGUUCAUAUAUGGUUUGAUCGAAAACUGAAGAACACGUAUGAUCACCUACUCUUUAGCAGAAGUAACCUUCUGAGCGUGUAUGCCGACAUGUCCUUAACUUGUAAGGAAUAUUAUGAUCCUAACCGGUCGAUGCUGGAGCUAGUAUUUGCACCAGCAGAGGAGUGGAUAUCACGGACUGACUCUGACAUCAUAGAUGCAACAAUGAAAGAACUUGAGAAACUCUUCCCUGAUGAAAUCUCAGCUGACCAAAGCAAAGCUAAAAUUCUGAAGUACCAUGUCGUCAAAACUCCAAGGUCUGUGUAUAAGACCAUCCCAAACUGUGAACCAUGUCGUCCUCUACAGAGAUCACCUAUUCAAGGAUUCUACUUAGCUGGAGAUUACACAAAACAGAAGUACUUAGCUUCCAUGGAAGGCGCGGUUCUCUCUGGCAAAUUCUGCUCACAGUCUAUUGUGCAGGAUUACGAGCUACUGGCUGCAUCUGGAUCGAGAAAGUUAUCGGAGGCAACAGUAUCAUCAUCAUCAUCGUGAGAGAGGACAAAGCUUAAAGAUGAUUUGCUUGUAAGCAUUAUUAUUUGUGUAUAAAUCUCACUGCAAUCCAAAAUUGACCCUACUCUCUUCAGUAAAUGAAUCUCACAGAU